GAUAACCCUGCAUGGUUCCCCUGGUCUGAUAAAGAAACAUGUAUCCUGGAUGUGCUCCGUCAUCUGCCUCGUUCCUUAUUUUCAGAUGCACAAAUGGACAUCAUUCUCUGGGGGAUUGCCUCAUUCGGAGUCGAUAAUGCACCUUCAACUGACACUGCAAAGAGUGUAGGCGAAUAUCUACAAACUCUUUGUGGGAUCAAGACCGAGCGUCAGAAAGGACCACUUGGGCAUGUUUAUUAUAUUAAUCAGCUUGCUGGACUUAUUCGUCAGGAAAUGGGCAACCCCAAAAUUCGACCACACAUCCGCCACUAUCCUGAAGACAGUGGACAGCAUGUAGAGCAUGCCUGGCAAGCAGAUGCUUGGAGAACCCUGGAUCCUGACCUUUCCUCGCCUAUGGUACGUGUUGGUGGCCAGGACUUUUUCAUACACGAACUCGCGAAAUUGGAUGACGGUACAUAUGUAAUUCCAUUUCGUUGGCUUACACGCAGUCAAGGCCUUCCGGGAGGUCCAGAGCAACAAUUUUUUGGUUUAGCUUGGAGCGUCGAAAUUUGUUCAACAUUCAGUGGACGCGGCUUUGUUGUACACCAACAUCAGACCAUCCAAUUUCCCGUUUCUCGUCUUCUCAGCUCGUUCCCAUAUCUGGUUGAAUCUUAUGACUUGGAUGGAAUACCUGAUCCUCGCAACAUAUUCGGUGCUGUAACAUUUCGCUUAAACCUUGUUCUUCAAUUAGCUUAUGGCAUUCAGCCUUGGACACUUACUUCUGCGGAGCAUGGGUUUGCAAACCGCUGGAGAGUCUUAGCUCAAGGUCACGAGGUUUUGAACUUUGCAAUGUGGCUGUAUUGCGACGACACAUCCGGGAAUGUCUCAAAGAAAUGGAACAAACAUAACUCCUUUCUCUUUACCGCCGCUGGUCUUCCUCGAGAAUAUGCUCAUCAAGAAAGCAAUGUUCAUUUUCUUUGCACAUCCAACCUAGCGCCUCCAUUGGAGAUGCUGGAUGGGAUCACGAAACAGCUUGAACAAGGUCAGCUGGAAGGUAUAUGGGUGUGGGAUAUUCAGCGUCAGGCUAUGGUGCUAAUAAUACCGGUGGUUUUGGCAAUGCUGGGUGACAACCCCAUGCAAAGUGAGUUUGCUUGCCACGUUGGCCUUGCCGGCAAGUUCUUCUGUCGUUGUUGCUUUGUGAAGGGACGGGAUGCAGAAGACGAGACAGCUGUUCCAGCUCCUGGGCCUAUUUCCGAUAACGUCUCAGUUCAGUCAGAUCUCUCCGAUACAGGUGACGAGGGUACUAAGAAACGUGGUCGUUGCAAAGAAACUAUGCAGGAGCUUAUUGCCAGAGCAAAACGGUUUGUCGGGACAUUUCAGAUGAAUGAGACACGAUCUCCAGAGAAUACAACCCAAACACUCCGCAGUAUAUUUAUUGCUUCCCAGAAAUAUAAUGGCAAGACUCAGUCCAAAAAAAUCGUUACUCAGACAGGCGUUAAAGACACAUUUCUGGAGAGAUUCAAUCAGCAGAUAGUUUCAUUUGUGGCAAAGAUACCUGGGAAUACCUCCGCUUCUCAGAAACAAAGACUUGUCGACAAUUUUGUGGCAGAGAACAUUCCAUCUGAACCAAAUGUCUUCAGCCCUGUAUGGAGAAUCAAAGGACUGGACCCUCAUCGAGAUACACCAGUGGAGAUCCUGCAUGUCAUUCUUCUUGGGUUUGUUAAAUACUAUUGGCGAGAUGCCAUUGCUCGCCUCAGUGACCCUCAGAAGGAAAUUUUGACUAAUCGACUGGCUUCAGUUGAUGUCUCGUCAAUGGGUCUUGCUCCGCUGGCGGGUGAGACACUGGUCAAGUAUGCGCGAUCUCUCACUGGCCGAGACUUUCGUGCUAUUGCCCAAGUUGCUCCUUUUGUCCUUUAUGACCUUGUUCCAAAAGAAUGUUUUGAAGCCUGGCUUUCGCUCAGUGCGCUCAUUCCACUUGUCUGGCAGCCAGUAAUCAAUCAUUUAGAUGAAUAUCUGGCAACUCUUGAGCUUGCUAUCAACCGCUUCCUUGAUUGUGCUGCCAAUUGGACGCCGCGGUGGUUCAACAAACCAAAAUUUCACAUCAUCAAACACUUACCCAUGCAUAUACGUCGUUUCGGGCCUGCAAUCCUCUAUGCAACCGAAGGCUUCGAGUCAUUCAAUGCCAUUAUCCGUGACCACAGUGUUCACAGCAACCACCAGGCUCCAUCUCGGGACAUAGGUCGGGGCUUUGCUCAAUGCAGUCGAAUUCGACAUCUUCUCCACGGAGGAGUCUUCUUCAACCCC